AGAUUAGAAAUGUUAGGCUAGAUUAGUACACAUCAAAAUUGAUUGUUGUGCGGAAACCCUUAAGGCAGCGGAGACAAACUGACUGAGAAGCAGAAAUGAAAGUGCAAUCAGUUAUAUCCAUAGAAGAGCUAAAAAGGUAGAGAAGACUAGACUUAAUUGUAGUAAGCAUUGCUUUUACUCCAGUUUUGGUUGAUCUGCUAAAUGUACCCACACUCACAAAUAAGACGUGGUGCACGUUUGUUCUCUCUGACAACUUUUUCCUUCUACAAAUUUCCUUGCUGAAUACUGCCGUGCUUCUUUAUUGAUGUGCUUCAAAACCCGUUCACUGAUUAAAAAACAUAAACCCACACAAAACAAAACAAAACCUGGUCCUAUUGCCUAUGUAAAUCUUGCCACUGAAGUCAGGUGGAAAAUUAUAGUGCCUGGAAAAAUUUGGUUGUUAAGUCAGGAACAUGGCACGCAGAAGUAAAAUAUGUCCAUCUAUUAUGAUUGAUUUGAGUUGCUAGUAAAACUAUUAGGUUUCUAUUGACUCUGACACGCCAGCCGGAAAAUGUGGGUGUUAUAUUCCCAUGCCACUCUAAUUGAACAGUAUGAGUUAGCUUACAAAGAGAUAAGUGCAGACCUGAAAGGAAUAGGGCUGAAAACUACAUCAAUCAUGAAACAAAGAAUUCUGGGUCAUCAAAGCUCCACCAUGUGUUUGAUAGAAAUGGGAAUUGUGUAAUUCAAAAUACGAUAAAAGAUUAGAUCCCUGGUGUUAUUUCAGCUAUUAAUAAUUUACUUAGAAUGCUUUUUAUUGAUUUCUGAUAUGUCAUAGGAAAGUAACACAAGUACAGCAUUUCAUUAAGAACGUGAUACGGUACAUAUACAGCAAUAGUGCAAGGAUAUAAACUGAUGCAGCAUUUUAAUGAUAAUUUUAAUGAUGUCCCACAGUGUCUCCUCUUUAGAAGAACAUAAAACAUCCCAUUUGGCAAACAAUCUGAGAAAAGUUUCACAUUGUAAUUUCUAAAACAACACACAAAGGAACAGAAAAUUCAAAGUAAGCUCUAUUUGUACCCAUCUCCAGGAGAAUUUUUUUUUAUAGUUUACUAAAGUGUCUCAAUUCUUUUGCUUGAACCAGAUUUAUAACAAAUAUUCAAAGUCUGGGACCAUUACUUGCUCAAGUGUUUUCUGUCACUAGUGCCAUUUGUGCCAUCAUUAGUGUCAGCUUCAAUGCUUUGUGGCUGGCCAUAAGACUAAAUCUACAGCUGUAACACUGACAUUUUGUUUGUUUUUUAAGACGUAAUUUACAAAAUAGAGAGAGAUUCACAGGUUGUGAGUGCAAUAUUCAAUUGGCGCUCUGCUCCCAACAUAUGCGUGCAGUUUUAUUGGAGUCUAUAUCUGGACUUGAACUAAAGAAACUUGAUACGAUACGGAAACGUUGACAAAGGCAAAUUGUGAUGGUUGGAGAAGUGGUCCGCUAGUGCUACAGCAUGCUGCCCAACCACAAUCCACCAGUAUUGCAAAUGCCAACAUCACUUGUCAGUCCAGUGGUUUAUCAUUAACAGAGGUCUACCUUGGGCUUGGCCUACGAACAAUCAUCGACUGGGCUUUCCAGUGUUAAUAGAUAAAGAGUUAAUGAAGUUUAAUAGAACCUCAGAGGUUGAUUGGACAGUAUUAUGAUUAAUGUAAAAGCGGGCAACAUCGAACGUUGCCAUGGCGUAUGUGCAUGACGAAAUCUGGUGGCUAGAGUCUGAACCUUAAAAGCACCACUUGUGUGCUCAUGUACAAUUUGUGAUGUUUUCUGAGCCAUGUAAUCAAAUGUCACUUUUGUCUGACUACUGUGACAUGCUGCAUACUGAGAAGUAUACUGGAAAUGACCCUUCUUGUUCCCGGGCCAGUCUCAUUACUUGAUGACUUCACCGCUACCGCGCGAUACAAAUGGAAAGACAAAGUGUACAUGCUACCGCAAUAUGUCCGGGUGAAAGAAGUCAUUAGUGAAGAGAACGCAGAGGCAGUGCGUGGACUUUGGAUAUGCCUAUAAAGGCAUAUCCAAAUUUAUAUAUGCCUAUGAAAUUUACUCAACUGGCACUGGAAAACUGGGAGUGUAGAAGGAACACUUGAGCAUCUUGACAAAACUAUCCUUAAGUUAUAUAAUCUUAUGACAGGUGGAUGAGUUACUCCAGUCGGUGGUGGAUAAUGGAAGAUAAGAUAUCGCCGAUGGAUUGAAGGGAGUAGGAAUUAUUAUUUUUACUCAUCGGGAGGUCGUUUCUGCUUUGACUGCAACAUCGAAGUGUGGCUUCAGUUGCCGGAUACUUCACAUUGUAAAAAUGGUUAAUGUUUUGGGCAUCAUCAGUGUGAUCAUUGGCGUGCUUGGAAUGGUGGGGAAUUGCGUGGUGUGCAUCGUCAUAUGGCGCAUUCCACACAUGCACACCGUGACUAAUGCCUUUCUGUGCAAUCAAGCUGUCGCCGAUUUGGUGGGCUCAUUGAUAUUUCUCCUCUUUUUCAACAUCCCUGCACUGGAGCGCCUUCCUCCGGGGAUCCGUGGCUGGCUGUACUGCUACCUGUGGAAGUCAGAGGCCACCUUGUGGAUGUUCCUCUUCACGUCUGCCAUGAGCCUGGUGCUUGUGACCUUGGAGCGGUACUUGGCUAUCGUCUACCCUUUUAAGUACCAGGUGCUGCUGACGUUGCGCUGGGUACCUGCUCUCGGCAUAGCCAUGACAUGGCUCAUUGGCACCAGCGUGGCACUGUGCAUCUUUGCACUGAUUGAUUACUCCGGGCCUGACUGCAAGUGUAAAGUAGCCAUGCCCCCGCCCUCGGGGCACCCUCUGAAUAAGAUCGUCCAGGCUACCAACGUGGUCACCUUUGUCAUUCCAGCCUGGACCAUGCUCUUCGCCUACAUCCACAUCGCCAUCAUACUCAAGCGGGGAGCCAGGCAAACCCAGCCGGUUGGAGCUAUCAGCAUGGUCAUGACCCAAAUCCAGAACAACGGGGCCGCAUCACAACCCCCAUCUUCAACCGAGCCUCUCCCAGAAACCCAGGGAGACUCGCUCCUCCGCGCCCGUCGAAAUGUCAUCAAAACGCUGGUGCUGGUCUGCUUGGCGUACUUCAUCUGCUGGUUGCCCAACACUGUCAUGUUGGCCGGCCACUUCAAAGGCCUUCCCUACAGCAUCGCCACUGUUCUUGCUGCCACCAAUUCCUGCAUCAAUCCAGUCAUUUACACAAUCAAAUACUGCUCCUUCAGGAAGGGGCUACGGAUUCUCGUCUGUGGAAAGCACUCUACAACAGUACGCACUGAUGGCUCAUAGAAACUUUGCAUGUGAUGUCCACUUUGUUGGUGGAUCGAUCAAUUCCUGCAUCGAUCCAGUCAUUUACACAAUCAAAUACUGCUCCUUCAGGAAGGGGCUAAGGAUUCUCGUCUGUGGUAAGCACUCUACGACAGUACGCACUGUGGCUUAUAGAAGCUUUGCAUGUGAUGUCGACUUUGAUGGUGGAUCGAGGUUGCUACCGGCUUACUGUUGUCAACAACAUGCAUCAUGCAGCCUCACCUAGCAAUACACAAGUGAAAUGCAACUGUGCGAGACCUUAAAUUAUACACUACGGCAUGCUCCAUGAAUGCUACACACCAACCUUACUGACUGUGAACUCAUUCGUCUGUGGACCACACUAGUGCGAAUGCACCAGUAAUUUCUUUUGACAAAAAAAUUGCCCACCAAAGCACGGUCACUGAGAUUGGUUUUACUGAAAUUCUUUUUCUGCAAGACUUGAACGAUGUGACGUCUAUUUUCCCUGCAAAGAGCUCCCUGCAAAUGUUUGCAAAGUUUACCCGAGCUUUUUUUGAUGACAGAGAGAAUCUAAUGGUUCACAUAAUAUAAUGUUAAUCUUGUAUUUGGUUGAUAGGUGCAAUGUCAGCACAAAGUAAUACGCUGUGCAGUGUCAACUUUAUUGAUAUCAAUGCUGUGCUUUUGUUUGAGCCAAUCUUAGACUAUUACGUUAUGUCUUGGCAUAUACUGACAUCAUUUCAUGAAAUGUAGACAUAAUGUUCUGAUGCAAAACGUUAGUAGCAGAGUGCCACAAAAUUGCAUUUUGUGUAAACUUGUAUUGACUUUUAAAAGGCAAAGACCAAGAAUUCCAACAUGGACAAUAGUGUAUAAUCUUCAUGACCAUAAUUAUUAAAUACUCGGUCCAACUGGGUAAGAAGUUUGCUUCUGCACAGACUGAGUUCAUCCAAUAGGUUUUAUGAAAUCUGCCACUGCAUGGCCAAGAUGGACACAGGAGACGGGAUCGAUCUCAAAUCAUCAUAUAAUUUGCAUUUCACCCUCUGAAGAGUGAGCUAUUACAUUACACAGCCAAGUGGGAGCGUGACUCACUGUGAGUCACACUGUUAAUUAGGCACUACACAUAGUAUUUGUUUCUACUUCUAUGUCUUCCUUUCAUUAAUAUUUUGUCAAAUAAAUACAAUGGAAAUGGGCAUUUCAACUUCCCCCCCCAAAAAAAAUCUCGCCGCUGUGGCUGGGCUAUGUAGGGCCAUCCAAACACUACGAUAACAAAGCCUUGUAUGACUCAUUCACCCUUGUAAAUUUGCAUUUAAGUACCCGAACAUUCUGGACACACCAACCAAAGUUCUUCCUUUUUUUAAAAAUGCGACCAGCCCCGUCACCAGCUUCAGACUAUAAGGGGGGGCCCCACAUCACAAGAACAAAGUAUACAGCAUGCAGAUUAUUCACAUAUUCAGAAUCUGACGUUAGUGGCUCAUUUAGUGGAUGUCUUCAGAUAUUUUUGUACGCUUGUGUUUUUUUACCGAUGGGGAGGUAGGCAGCUUUUCGCCGGGCGCCCCAGCCCCCUUGCGCCCCCUUAGCAAUGGGCCAGAAUGCAACUAAGGUUUGUAUUUGUCAAAUUACUUCAAAAAAAAAAAAUCCCUCGAAAAAGGCAAGUCGAAUACUAGAGCUAGUUUUCUGAGAGAUGUGAUUUUUGUUAUACAAGCAAUUUUACGACGCAAAAUUAAAUUUAGACACGAUCUAGGCACGGUACUCAGGUGGAAGUGACCACUGUUUAAUUUAAAUCACUCGACAUCAAAUGAGGAUCUUUGUGACAUACAUUACGGUUAGAGAUG